AUGCGGGCCCUAGCCAAUGCGAUGCGAGACAUCUCCACGAGCGAAGUCUUUCUCAGACAAAAGAUCUACGCUUGGAUGGAGAACAAGGUCAACAGCUUCAAUGCAAACGAUUACCGCUCCUAUAUAUCUACUGCAUACUACUCUCUGGGCAUGCCCGGUGUCGAAUACGACUACACUUCGCUAAAGCGUCAGGGUCUCGCAGAUGAGAUUUUCAAUCCACGUCAAGACCCAAUGCAAAUCGAACACUUUCUCGAGGUUCACUUUGCGGGGCCCAUACUUGUCGCGGCGAUAAACGCAGGGAUUGUGCAAGGCGAUGAGACGCUUCUCACUACACUGUCAUUGCUGCGCCUCAUCUUCAACCAUCAGGCCAACCUGGCGUGGGCGCCCCCGAACUCAACAGAUUAA